AUGCCAUCGUGUCCUUCAUGUUUUGGAAGUCGUAGUAGUAGUGAUGACGACGAACCAAAGGAAGGAGAGUCCUUCAGUAAAUUGAGCUACAACUCGGAUGAUGAUAGAGAGCCAGAAGAUCCAAAAUUUAAACCAAAUUUUAAUGAUGAAGUGAAAUACAACCCACAAAUAACGAGAGUGAAGAAAAAGGGAAGAUGGCCUACCGAUAUUCCAUGUUUGAUUUUGUUUGUAGCAUAUUGUUUCGGAAUGUUAGCCGUUGCUAUUAUUGCAUGGAAGUUCGGAACACCAAGCAAAUUAUAUUAUGGUACUGAUUAUAUGGGUAGAACAUGUGGACAAGACAACAGAAAUGCAACUGCAAAUAUGCUGAAAAUUCCAUUCGAUGAAGAUUGUAUCAAUAGCCAAAAGCUCAUCAACAACAAGCAAACGAACACCACUGCAUUGCAAUUGUGUGAGGAAAAAGUUAAAAAGUAUAAGGUUGAUUUUACCGAUCAGAGUAGGUUAUGGUUCAUGGAAGUAUUGGACCCAUUCUACUAUGGAGGCAUGUGUGUGUCGUAUUGCCCUGGUUUGCUGUCUUCUGGUGAUUCUUUGAUUAGUAAACUCAACAGAACAGCAACUUGCCCACCAGAAUUGGAAUCAGCAACUGUGGCUGUUUCAGGUUACAGCGUGCCAUUCUUGACUUACUGCAGUGGUAAACGAGUGGACCAUUCAGAGUCGUUCCCUGUGAAUGAUGUAUCAAGAGCUUUAUCAACUCAGUUAUCGUAUUUUGAUGUUGUCAACAGAUGCAUUCCAACUAUUACUACGUCUGGUAAUCUUACUCUUAACGAGAUUAUUUCUAAAAUUUCUAGUGUCACACUUGCUGGUAAUUAUUCCUCAAUUGUGGACGACGCCAGCCAAGUCGUGUCCACAUUUUGGGACGAUGUUACAAGAGGUUGGAAGGUUCUAGUUGCUGCUCUUUUGAUUGCCAUUAUUCUCGGAUUUGCUACCUUGUUGUUUAUUAGAAUUUUCGCAGGAGUCAUUACAUAUUUAACAAUCUUAGUUUGUGUAUUGUCAUUCCUAGGUCUGGGCGCCUUUAUGACAUGGUAUGGCUACAGCCAAGUUCAAGUCAUGCAAUUGAAACAAUUAUCUACUACCGUCCCUAACGUCAUUUUAUGGAGUGGUGUUGCUGUUAUGGCUAUUGGCCUAUUACUUGCUAUUGCUUCUGCAAUAUUCAUAAUGAGAAUUAGAAGAGCUAUUGGUAUUAUUCAAGAAAGUUCCAAGUCACUAAUGUACAUGCCACAAGUCCUCUUGCUGCCAGUAGUUUUUGCUGUAAUUAUAGGAUUAUUUGCUGCUUAUUGGUGUGUCGUCAGUAUAUUCUUAUAUUCUGCAGGAGAUCCUGUCAUCAAGGGAGGAGCAGUACAAUACGUACUUUCAACGUGGAUGAGAGGAAUCCUUGCUUAUCAUAUUUUUGGAGGACUAUGGAUUUUAGCAUUCAUCCAAGCCAUGGAAUUUUUGGUAUUGAGUGGAAGUGUAGCUAGUUGGUAUUGGAGAAGAGAAAAGAGAUUUGUAUUGGGCAUGCCAGUCGUAAGAAGUUUUGUUAGAACUAUAGUUUUUCACACAGGCACUGCUGCAUUCGGAUCAUUGAUUGUGGCCAUUGUUCAAGCCAUUCGAUUGCUUUUUGAAAAAAUUCAGAGAGAGUUAGAAACAGCAUCCAACAACAAUCGUAUUGUUAAGGGAUGCGGAUGGUAUGUGAGAGUGGUGUUGUGGAUUAUCGAGAAGGUGAUCAAAUUCUUCAACAGACAGGCCUAUGUUCAAACCAGCAUGUAUGGCACAGGAUUUUUGACAUCUGCCAAAAAUGCAUUCCUUCUCAUGCUGCGAAAUCCAAUUCAAAUGGCCAUUACUCAAAGUUUGAGUACUGCAAUAUUGUUACUAUCAAGACUUGCCAUCUCGUGCUUGACAUGUCUUUUCACUUACGGUAUUGCUGCAAAGACCACUUUCCUCAACACUGAUAAUAAGGAAAUCCAAAACCCAAUUUUCUUGGCUGCAAUCGCAUUCAUUAUUGGCUUUGCAGUGUCUAGCUUGUUUUGUAUUAUCAUUCAAUGUGCCAUUGAUACAGUUUUGCAAUGUUUCUUGAUUGAAUUGGAAAUGAGAAAAGCAGAUCCUAGCAUUCCAAGAUUCUGCACAAAAUCUCUUAACAGAUACAUUGAGGAAAAUAUCAAAUUGGAAAAGCUCAGUAAUUUCAUUUGUCCACUGUGCUGUUGCCUCACUUGCUUGUGCUGCACAGGUCAUUCAGAAGCAUCAAAAGGAGUAGCUCCUCCUGUUGCUUCAAAUAAUGUUGAAAUGCCGAGUGCACCCCCAAUGAACGUGUAA